AUGUCCUCUACUGAUGCUAAUCCUCCAAUUGUCUACGAUAAUAAAGAGAUAGGCGAAAUCCUUGUUGAGUUAGAUAAAGCUCAAAAAGAAGAUGAACAACUCAAUCAAGAAGGAAAACCAGCCUUAACAAGACUCUUUUUAAUGGAUUCUAUCUAUAACAAGCUACUUAAUAAGAAAAUCCAUGAAGAGUUGUUAGAUUCGGGUGUCUUAUCUCUUCUUAAAAAGUGGUUAGAACCCCUGCCAGAUAAUUCAUUACCUCAUAAUGAUGUUAAAAAGGGAGUUUUUGAUAUCUUACAGCACUUUACACCAGAAAAAGAGCAUUUGAUAGAGAGUGGGAUUGGAAAGAUAGUUUUGUUCUACUCUAAGAAUCCUUAUGAGAAGAAGGAGAUCAAAAGAAUGGCUAAACAGUUGGUGCUUAGAUGGAUUGAGUUGGCGACUAGUCAGGAAGAGUAG